AUGCGUAAAGCGUACAAUGACUACCUGCAUGUUAGAGACUUACCUUCUUAUACGAGAUCAGAUCUCGACUUUUCCGAUAUCAGUCCAAUCCUUAUUGAUACAACACUUACGAUAGCAGAGAUGCUUCCUACAUACCCAGAGUAUGAUAACUUACCUCAGCUCUUCGAGUAUCUCAAGAAAAAGUUCAUGAUCUUAUUAUGCGAGACCAUGAAAGGAAGACAAAACACCAGAACAGAACGAGAACAGAGCUUACUAAUAGACUUAUUAUAUAAUACUAAAGAAAUAAAGGAGUUUUUAUUCUGA